UGUAUAUAACGCUCCACAGACCAGUGGUCCGGCACCGUUGUGCGAGCAGCGUCGUCGGGACAACCAUGAAGUUCUUUGCUCAGGUCGUUGUGGUGCUGGCAGUCGCCGUGGCUUUGGGUUCAGCCUUUGGGGUCCCCUUUAUUCCCGGAGGACAACUUGGAGGAGCAGGAUUUGGCGGGGCAGGAUUCGGCGGGGCAGGAGGCAUAGGUCUCGGCGGCGUUGGAGGCCAAUACGCGGCGGGUGGCGGCAAUGGCUACAACCAGGGCGCAAGUUACAAUCAGGGACAGCAGUCGCAGGACAGUGCACUGCUGAUUGCGACCAACCACCAGCAAUCCUCUGGAGCGGCAGGAAACCAAUACGGCCAGGGAGGCCAAAACUUCUAUCAAAACGGCGGGGGUUUCGCAGGCCUCCCGGGCUAGGUCGGAAUAUCCGAGCGAAGAAUAAACUAAAGUGAACUAAAGUAAAAAAAAAAAGUUGGAGUUAAUCUUGUUCUAAACACGGCUUUACACCUCAAGAAAUUUAUCACAUCAACGGAUUGCCAAACACAUCACUGUGAAGAAUAACCUUGUAAAAUAUACAUUUGUCGAUAUUCUUAUGUACAAAGUAUGUUGCAAAUUCGCAACAGUCCAUUCUUGUCGAUCAAAGCCAAGUCGAUACAGUAUUUCUUAUUCUUACUUGUAUUUCUUAUUCCCACGGAUUUAAUGAUUAAAAUUAUUUGCACACAUUUGUGCGUUGAAUUUAA